AUGAGUAAACUUAAUCAAGUAUUUAUCAUUGGUGGUCUCAUACGUUUCUUAUUACCAACUAUUUUCCCCCUGAUUGUUGAAAUUCUUGGUUCAAAAGUAGAAAUUACCACUCCAAUAAAUGCCUAUAAAUCAUUACAAGAAGCAUUCUAUUAUUUACAACAAGGAAUUGAUUUAUAUGAUGGAGGUGUCAAUCAUCAUCCACCCAUUUUAGUAAUUAUACUAUCAUUUAUAAAUGCGUUACCAUUUAAUCAAAUCAUAUUUCAUUUGUUAUAUAGUUUAAUUGAUUUGUUUAUUGCUUGGAGAAUUGUUCAACUUAAUAGAUGGUAUAAUGAUUAUAAUUCAAAAAGAAUUGGCAAACAAUACAUAGCAUUCAAUGAUAAUUUGAUUGCUCUCUUUUAUUUGUUCAAUCCACUUAUUAUAAUUACCAAUCUUUCACAUUCAACAAUUGUAUUUUCUUGGGCAUUUAUAAUGGAAGCAUUGAAUCAAGUUGUUUUAGGAAGAAAUACAUCUAGAGCCAUGAUUGCUUUGGCCAAUGCAACAUAUUUAUCAUUCACACCUAUUUAUUUAUUAGCGCCAAUGUUGGCAUUAGCUCAUUCUAUUGGCUCAGAAAAGAAAGAUUAUUCCAAGAUGUAUAUUCAUGGAUUAACCAUUUUCAUUUGUACUGUUGGAUUACUUAUGAUACUUUCCUUUGCAAGUACAGCUUCAUCACAAUUCUUUGAACAGUGUUAUAUGACUGUCAUAUUAUUUAAAAAGAUAACACCAAAUGUUGGAUUAUGGUGGUAUUUAUUUACAGAGAUGUUUGAAUUUUUCACUCCAUUUUAUGUGGGAAUGUUUAAUUUUUAUUCCAUCAUAUAUGUUAUCCCAAUUACCCUUAGGUUAUUUGAAUAUAAAUCAACCCCUAAGCAAGGAGAUUCAUUUUUAGCCUUGGUAUUGGUAUACCUUUGGGUAUCUUUUACAAAGUCAUAUCCAACAUUUGGUGAUUUAGGUUUAGCAUUGUCAAUUAUUCCGAUAUUUAAAAAUACAAUUAUUCCAUAUUGCAAAUUUAUUUAUGUUACAGGAUUAACAUUAAUAAUUACAUUAUUACUUUCCCCGAUUUUCUAUUAUUGUUGGAUUGUCUUGGGUAAUGGUAAUGCUAAUUUCUUUUACAGUAUUAAUUUGCUUUGGGGUGGUGUACAUAUUUUAAUUAUCAUGGAUUUAAUUUGGGGUAAAUUAAUUUAUGAUUAUAUUUUACAAAAUAAUAUCUCUGAUAUAACCAAAUUGAAUUUGGCUCAGAUUUAG